AUGCUUAGAGAAAUUGCAGCGACGAAGAUUUCGGAUAAUGUGAGCUUUGAGGAUGCGAGUACUUCUCCCAUGGCUAUGGCUACGGCUGCUGGGGAUCCGGAAGUUGUGAGAAAUAUUAUAGAGGAAAUUAAAGCUUCGGAUGUGGAGCUCACAUCGGGAUUUGACGCUAUUACAGAGAAUGAUACUUCUCAACUCUUGGCUGAUAUUUUAUCGGCUACGGGGAAUGGUAAGGGCAAAUUUGUCUUGACUGUUCCUUCACCAGAAGAAUAUCCAAGACUUGAAGAUGUGGAAGUCUUCAUGACGGUGGCUGCUCGUCUUGGUACCGAUGCUCAAGAUGUAGGUGCAUGA